AAAAACCGACAUAUCAUAUAAAUAAUUAAUUAAUCGCCAAAGGAGAUUUUCUUUGGUAAAGUCCAAAAGAGAGUAUAUAAAUCUUUGUACACAAGCACGUUCCAAAUACACAUCGGCUCAUUAAUUGGUGACUACUCCAAAAAUGCCAGUCACCACCAGCUCCCAAAGCUUCACCAGCUUCGCCAACGGCUGGCUGAUUCGUCACAGGCAUUUCGUCGAACAGCUUGCGUGCGCUUCUUCCUUGGACGAAACCAACCGCAUCACUCUCCAAGACCAGCAAUUUCUCGUGACCCAGUUCCUCUCUCACUGUCUCCAAUACUACCAAGAGAAAUCCUCCGCCGUCUCCGUCGCCGGAGACAACGUUUUCACUUUCUUCUCCCCGCCGUGGUUCACCUCAUCAUAUGCAAGACUCAUCCUCUGGGUCGGAGACUUCAAGCCUUCACUCGUGUUCAAACUCACGGACUCCUCCGUCGACGACCUCACCCGCCACCAGAGAGAUCGGAUCUCGACUCUCCGGGCGGAGACAAGGAGGAAAGAGAGGGAUGUGAUGAGAGACUUCGCGCUCGUGCAGCAGAGCGUGGCGGAUCCGCCGGUGAUGCUGGCGGCGAGAGGGGUGGGGGCGAGGGGGAUGGUGGACGGAGAAGAGUCUGAUUUGGAAGAGGCGAUGGAGGUGCUUAAAAACGGGAUGGCGGCGGCGAUGAACGACGCGGAUGAGCUGAGGUGUGCGACGGUGGGGAGAGUUGUGGAGAUUCUUACGACGUCGCAGGCGGUUAAGGUGUUGAGGACGAUCGGAGAGCUUCAUCUUCGCUUGAGGGAGUUAGUGGGUUUGGAGAGUGAGUGACCAAUAGUGAGAAUGAACUUGCUCUGCUUCUUGAACAUCAACCAUGGAUGUUCUGAUCUUAAUAGAUUGUUUAAAAGCUUGGCCAUUUGGUUGUAGUGACUAAAGUGAUGUCAUGUAAUGUUUUUGGCUUAUUUUGCUUCCAACGUCCUAUGUAGCUUAUGAUGUAGUGCCAGUGGUCAUGUCAAUUUUAAUAAGUUACUUAAAU